AUGUACAAGCUCCAAUGCCCACUUUUAACUGUUCUAAGGGGGUCGGGCGUGGACAAGUCAGCUGAAAAGUGUCAUCUCGAGUUUAUCGAAGGCGUUGAGCCGGGAUCAUCAAGCGGUGCCAUCGAGAGCGUCGAGACUAGACUCGUGGUCAAACUACACUACAAGCACGGGGUCAUCAAGACGCACACGUUCCCCAUCUCAGACACAACCUCAGUGCGCUCUCCCACCGCCCCAACAGACGACGAAACAAACAAGCUUCAAAUCGGUGGUCGCACUCUAAAAGAGCUCAUCGAACAUUUUCCAAGGCCGGACAAGAAAUCGAGCGGAUACUCAGAGCCAAUCCUAAUUUGGCAGUUCUUCGACGACAACGUGACGAUGAAAACAGAAGAUAGGUGGAAUCAAGGCAAGGGUGACUGGAUUGGCGGAAAAGCCAAGCGACGUGCCGCAGACGAGGAUGACGAUGAUGGAACAUUGAUUUACAGCUCUCUCAAUAGUCAAUUGAGUCUUGCUGGCUCAGAGUUUGAGUUCUACGACGUGAGCUAUGCUCCUGUUACCUUGGCCCUGCACCUUAAAGAGCUCAAUGCCACGAUGGCAGUCGCCGAAGCACUCGGCACCGACGUGGUCGUCCGAUUCACAUCCAAGGGUGCACCCAUUUUCUUCACAUUCGAACAUGCUCUAGGGACUUACAGCGCCUUUUGCGCGCUGUCCACUCGGAUCGUACCCGAGAGUGAACACGAUGGGGAGCGGCCAAUGUCGCACACAUCUGCAAACACCAACGAUGGCAGACACAGAGAUACCGAUGGUUACACUCCAAGUUCAUCAAAUCGACUGGUGGACACCUCGAGAAAGCGGAUGCGCGAAGAGGGCGAUGGAUACGAAGGGAUGCCCGCAUCCACUAGAAGAAAGAAUGCCCCCUUGAAUCACCCUUCGCGCUCAGCGACUCCGUUGGACCUCCACGCACCAAAAGACUCUCGUGGAAGAGGCAUAGAGGAGCCAUCAUUCCACAACAUUGUGACUUCGACUCCACGUCCAGGUCCUCAGCAUCCCAACGGAGACGCAGAGCCAUUGUUCUAUCCCGCGUCACAGUCUAUUCAGCCUUCACAAGUGCUCAAGGAUGCGGGUCUGGAUAGCUUAAUAAACUUGAGCCAGGCAGAGAUACAAGAGAUGAUGAUUGUUGAUGACGAGGAGUUCACGCCAGUAAGCUCUGGAGGGAGGGUCGACGCGAGACCCAAAGAUGGUGGGCGGAUGGAGUUUGACAAUCUUGACGAAGCCUUCCCACCAACAACACAAGCGGACUCAUUUCCACCCACGCAACGACACCCUUCUGAUCAGUUCUCGCCCCUUUUCGACGACUAA